UGAAAGGCUGGCAUUGUUUGCUGCAAAUCCGGAUGGACCUGGCAUCCCAGCAGAUAUUCAGCUGUUCGACAUUUUCUCUGAGCAAGCAAAAAAUCUCGUCAAAAAUCGAACCGAAAUGCCUAUGGAGGACAUUGUGUCACUUUAUGCCGCUUUGGUCAGCUUAGCUAUUAAAUGUUACCCAAAUCGGCCAGAGUUCGCAAACACAUCAUUUGGAAGUUUGAAAUGCAUUUUGGAGGAGAAGAAGAAAACUGCCAUUGAACCAUUCGAUCCUGUUGGUCGAGAACUGAUGAAACUUAUCCGAUUACCGAUAGAUGAGUACAAUAAUGCUUUAAAAAUUGCUGGCCUCACCGAGUUUGUCCCAGUAAUGGAAGAGCUUCAAAAUAUGCUAGAACACGGAACGUUGAUGAGAACUGAAGAAGACGUUGCGGUCAUGUGUGCUAUGUUGCAUUCCUUACUGGUAGAUGAACAAGAUCAACCCCCUAAUGCAUCGGAAACUGAAGAUUUUGAAGAUGAGCAGCAUUUAGUGGCUCGCUUUGUUCAUCUCAUUCAAGCUGACACACCUGAUGAGCAGUUUUUGUUGUUGAAUAAUGCAAGAAAGAUUUUGGGUGCUGGUGGAAAAGCUCGAAUA